GGACGGGUUUAGGGAGUGAGAGGUUGGCACCAUCCGAUUCACGUCCGCUACUCACGAUAGAGACUGGUCUUUCUAGGCACAAAAAAAGAAGAAAGAAAUGCUCGGCUCGUUCUUCUUGUCGUCUCGUUUUUUUUCAACACUUUGAGGCUGCUAUAAAAAGGUGGCAUUAGUUUAUUAUAAUAUUUUUUGUGCGUCUGGUGGAAAGGUAAAAAAAAGUUUCUGCAACAAAGACAUUCGUUUGCCUGAAUAUCGAGUAGUGAAUGAAACUAGGCAAACGUCAUUCGAGGAUAUUUUUUCCAACACGAAAUCGCUUUGAAACCGUUGGUUGAACUGUCGUCGAAGCAUACGCACUGAGAUGAAGGUGAUGGUGGUGUUGAUGGCUGUUCUGCUGGGGUUCUUCUCCUUCUGUUCAGCUCAACUAGAUGGUAAUGAUUGCACUAAGGCUUCAGCUCAGUCUUGUGGUGAAUGUAUUCAGGUUGGAGAAAAGUGUGGCUGGUGCACCUAUGAGUCCUUUCUGAAGCAAGGUGAAUCAAAAUCAACACGCUGUGAUGAAAUUGAGGCUCUGAUUAAGAAGGGCUGUCCUACGAACAAUGUGGAAAAUCCUCGAGGGACAGUCGUCGCCAAUGAGAACAAAACGGUCACAAACCGUAAAAAAGAUGUAGCUGAGAAACUGAAACCGGACCAGAUCACUCAGAUUCAACCUCAGAAGCUCACACUGAAUCUAAGAGCAGGUGAGCCUCAAAAAUUUUCCCUGAAGUUUAAAAGGGCAGAGGAUUAUCCCAUUGACCUGUACUACCUGAUGGACUUGAGUUACUCCAUGAAGGAUGAUUUGGAGAAUGUGAAGAAUUUGGGAACGGACCUGAUGCGUGAGAUGCAGUCAGUCACAUCCGACUUCAGGAUUGGUUUUGGUUCAUUUGUGGAAAAGACUGUGAUGCCCUACAUCAGUACAACCCCUGCUAAGCUGCUGAAUCCCUGUACUUCCGAUCAAAACUGCACAAGCCCCUUCAGCUAUAAAAAUGUAUUAAGUCUGACUGAGGAUGGUCGCCAGUUUAACAGCCUAGUCAGCCGGCAACAGAUUUCUGGAAACCUGGACUCACCCGAGGGAGGCUUUGAUGCCAUCAUGCAAGUUGCUGUCUGUGGGGAACAGAUUGGUUGGAGGAAUGUCACCCGACUGCUAGUGUUUUCAACAGACGCUGGCUUUCACUUUGCGGGAGACGGUAAACUGGGUGGCAUUGUGCUGCCCAAUGAUGGAAAAUGCCACCUGAAGGAUAAUAUAUACACAAUGAGCCAUUACUAUGACUACCCUUCAAUCGCACACCUUGUACAGAAACUGAGCGACAACAACAUUCAGACCAUCUUUGCUGUGACUGAGGAGUUCCAGCCUGUCUAUAAGGAGCUUAAAAAUCUUAUUCCAAAGUCAGCUGUGGGAACGUUGUCUGCGAACUCCAGUAACGUGAUCAAACUUAUCAUUGAUGCCUACAAUUCUCUGUCAUCCGAGGUGAUCCUGGAGAACAGCAAGCUGCCUGAGGGAGUGUCCAUCUCAUACGUGUCCCACUGCAAGAACGGAGUGAGUGAAACGGGAGACAAUGGAAGAAAGUGCUCAAACAUCUCCAUCGGUGAUGAGGUGACCUUUGACAUAGCCAUCACCACUAAGGGCUGCCCAUCACAUGGUACAUCAGAGGUGAAGAUCAAGCCACUGGGCUUCAAUGAGGAGGUAGUGGUUGUUCUAAACUUCAUCUGUGAGUGUGAAUGUUCCAAAAAAGGAAUACCCAAAAGUCCUGACUGUCACUUUGGCAAUGGAACCCUCGAAUGUGGAGCAUGCAGAUGCAAUGAAGGACGUAUUGGAAGGGUUUGUGAAUGUAGCAAAGAUGACGUCAGGGCAGAGGAUCUGGAUGCAAACUGCCGCAUGGACAAUGGCACAGAUAUCUGUAGCAACAAUGGAGACUGUAUCUGUGGAACAUGUGAAUGCAAGAAGCGAGACAACCCAGAGGAGCGGUAUGAAGGGAAGUACUGUGAAUGUGACAACUUCAACUGUGACCGAUCCAGCAACAAACUAUGCGGAGGUCAUGGUCAGUGUGUAUGCAGAGUGUGUGUGUGUGAUGCAAAUUACACAGGCAGUGCAUGUGAUUGUCCCCUGGACAAGCAGCCCUGUGUGGCCAGUAAUGGGCAGAUCUGCAAUGGUCGUGGCACCUGUGACUGUGGAGUGUGUAAAUGCACCGACCCAAAGUUCCAGGGUCCCACCUGUGAGAUUUGCCCCACUUGUCCUGGAGUCUGCACAGAACACAAACCCUGUGUUCAGUGCCGUGCAUUUAACACUGGAGAGAUGAAAGAUGAAUGUAAAGAGAAAUGCAACUACUUUAAACUAACAAUGGUGAAGGAAAAGGAGGAUCUUCCUCAGCCAAACAGCAAGCCCUAUCUCAGUCACUGCAAAGAGCGUGAUGCCAAUGACUGCUGGUUCUUCUUCAUUUAUGCCACCAAGAAUGACAGUGUUGAGGUCUAUGUGGUCGACCAGCUGGAAUGCCCUACUGGUCCUGACAUUAUCCCAAUUGUAGCGGGUUUGGUUGCAGGCAUCGUUCUGAUUGGUCUGGCCUUGCUUUUCAUCUGGAAGCUGCUCAUGAUUAUUCAUGACCGCAGAGAGUUCGCAAAGUUUGAGAAAGAGAAGAUGAAUGCCAAGUGGGAUGCGCAAACAUCAGAAUGGGGAAACCUGUGACACAACAGUCUCUACAGUUUGCACAGGAUGGCGAGAAAAACAAAAACAUCAUGUGAACAGGAGGUCUGCAGGCUGAAACAUCUUGUUGAAAGAGAUCAGAGAAGAAUGACCAGACUGGUUUGAGCUGACAGGAAGUCUGAAGUAACUCAAAUGGCAUUCUUUACAACCAUGGUGAGCAGGAAACCAUCUCAGAAUGCAAAACGCAUCAAACCUUGAGGUGGAUUGGCUACAUCAGCAGAAGACCACAUGAGGUUCCACUAGGGCUGCGCAAUUAAUCGAUUAUCAAUCUUGAUUACGAUUUUGACUGCCCACGAUUACAUGAACAUGAUCAACUGUGAUAUUGAUGUUUAAAGUUCUUCCUCCACUCAUAGAAAACUCUGCUGCAGAUCAAAACAAGUGCUUUCUAAACUUACAGCCAAUCGCCAUAGAGUGGCACAGGGAUGACGUCAUUUUGUAAUGCCAAAACCUGGAAAGGAGUUAGCAUUUUAGUGCUUUUGCCAACUUUGCUUCGUGUUCCAGUGCUUGCACAAGGGAAAUCAUGACACUAACAUGUUGCUAAAUGGGACUACAGAUGUUGUCAGGGACAUUAAACAUCAUCAUGCCAAACAGAAAAGUCUUUGCAGAUAAACUGGUUCAGGUGUGCUGUGCACAAAUGAAGAUUCAUCCACAGAGUAAAUCCAUAUUAUGGAAAAUGUUUUUAAAUCAGGUUUGGAAAGUUUUGCCUUUUCUUCAUAGGCCUCAAUUGUUUUCAUUUGGUUGUAUAUUGUUAUAUUGGAUUUGCAUAUUUUCAUUUGGUUGAUGGCAUUUUUAUUUUUACAUAUCCUAUAUUUUACUUCUAUGAGAUGAUGCACUUUAAAGAUCAGUCUAAUUUGAUGCAACGUUUUGCACAUUAGCAGGAAUGUAGCACAACAUGGAGGUGAAAGCAGUUGUCUGUUUAUUUAAAUGUGAAAGUGCAAUAAAAAUAUUUUGUCCGUAAAAUCAAUGAAUAAUCGUGAUCUUAAUAUUGAUCAAAAUAAUCAUGAUUAUCAUUUUGGCCAUAAUUGUGCAGCCCUAGGUUCCAUUCCUGUCAGCCUAGAACAAGAAUCUGAGGCUAUCAUGAGCACAGACUUACCAAAACUGGACAGCUGAAGGCCAGGAAAAAGAUCAGGUGAAUUUUUUUUCCACCAGAUCUUCAACUGUCCAGUUUGGGUGAGCCUCUGCCCAUAAUAAUCUGAGAUUCCUGUUAUUGGCUGACAGGAGUGGAAUCCAGUGUGGCCUUUGCUGUUUUAGCCCAUCCACAACAAGAUUAGAUGUUUUGUGCAUGUUGAGAUGCUCACCGCAGUUGUAAAGAGUGAUUAUGAAUUAUUAUAUAAUUCCUAUCACCUUGAACCAAUCUGGCCGUUUACCUGUGACCCCCUCAACAACAAGAACUUUCCACCCACAGAACUGUUGCUCAAGGUUUUUUGUUUUUCACACAAUUCUAUGCAAACUGUUGUAUGUGAAAGUCCCAGGAGAUCAUCAGUAUCUGAAAUACUCUAAUCAGCCCAUCUGAUACCAACAUCCAUGCCACUUUUCAAGUCAGAGAGAUCACACUUUUUUCCCCUAUUCUAAUGUUUGAUGUGAACAUUACCAGAAGCUCUUGACCUGUAUCUUCAUGAUUUUUAUUGCAUUGUGCUGCUGCCACAUGAUCGGCUGAUUAUAUCAAUUAUGAAUGUGCAGUUGUAUAGGUGUUCCUAAUAAAGUGGACAGUGAGUGUAUAUAAUCACUGUUUGUUUUUCACAGCUUCUAAUUUACUCUAAUUAACCCACCCCCCUUGCAGUUUUUUCACUUUUAAUGGCCCUUUCUCUCUUUCUUCUCUCAUUCAGCAAGAUAAUCCCAUUUAUAGGAGUCCCAUUAAUAAAUUCCACAAUCCAAGUUAUGGCUGCAAAAGUUGGGCGCUCUAAGCCAAAGUCUGUACUUCUGUUUCUGUCUGUUGGCUUGUUGUUCCUCCUUUUCUGUCUGCUUGUGUGUUUAACAUGCUCACUCUAAUCACAAACAAAUGUUCUUCUGAGCUAUAGGAUGUAAAUGUAUUUUAACUUUUUGACCAUGAUCGUUGCAAAAGAUUGACAAAUGAGCCUGAUGCUUGUCAGGUGUUUUUGACUAAAUCAUUAGUUUCUGAUUGUCAAAGUGUAAGUACUUUAGAGGCAUUUAUUUUGUCCAAAAAUUUUGUUUAAAAGUUUUCUGGUUGUGUGUAACAGUAAGCCUUUUGAUUAAAUUGUUUUAAAGUAUGGACAAUGGCAGUGUUGUACUUUAAGUACAUGAAAGGAAUAUAGACAUGUUUUGGGGGAAGAGGUCAAGAACACACUGCAAUACUGCAUACAUAUACUUACUGUCCACUUUAUUAGGAACAUCUGCACAAUGAAAAACAAAUCAUGCAGAUACAGGUCAAGAGUUUCAGUUUAAUGUUCACAUCAAACAGUAGAAUGAAGGAAAAGUGUGAUCUCUGUGACAUGGAUGUAUGUAUUAGAAGGGCUGGUCUGAGUUGUUCAUAAACUGAUGUCCUGGGAUUUUCACACACUAUUCUGUAGAGUUUACACAGAAUGGUGCAAAAAAAGAGGAAAAAAAAGCAUCCUGUCAGAAGGUUUGAGCUGAUAAGAAGUCUGUUGUAACUCAAAUAAGCACUCUUUACAACCACGGUGAGCAGAAAAGCACAGAACAAAAUGCACAACACACCAAACCUUGAGGUGGAUGGGCUACAACAACAGAAGACAUCAGGUUCCACUCCUGUCAUCCCAGAACAUGAAUCUGAGGAUAUCAUGGGCACAAACUCACUGAAACUGGACAGUCGAGGACUGGUUAAAGACCGUGUGAUCCCCCCCCGCCCCCGCCCAUAUGGUACCAACAACAAUGCCACAAUUAUGCUGCUGCUACAUGAUUAGCUGAUAAGAUAACUGCAUGAAUUUGCAGAUGUACAGAUGUUCUUUAUAUAAUGGAUGGUGAGUGUACAUUUGCAUGUUUGUUUUUUUUUAAAGCCAAGUUGAAGUACACUGUAUGACCAAAGUAUGUGGACACCUCAACAAUUACACCCAUUUGUGCUUGUUGAAUAUCCCAUUACAGAUUUAGUCCCCCCGUUGCUGUCAUUACUAAUGUCCACUCUUCUGGGAAGGCUUUCCUCUAGAUUUUGGAAAGUGGCUAUAGGGAUUUGCCCAUUCAGCCAUAAGAGCAUUAUUAGUGAGGUCAAGGAGUGAUGUUGUGCAAAGAGGCCAGGUGUGCAGUUAGUGUUCCAGUUCAUACCAAAUAUGAUCAGGGGUGACUGUGGCUCAGGUGGUAGAGCGGGUUGUCCACUAAUCGUAGGGUUGGUGGUUCAAUUCCCGGCCCACAUGUCUCCACAUGCCGAAGUGUCCUUGGGCAAGACACUGAACCCAGUGUUGCUCCCAAUGGCAAGCUAGUGCCUUUCAUGGCAGUUCUGCAGCCCUUGGUGUAUGUGAGAGAAUAGGUGAAUGAGACAGUGUAAAGGGUUUUGUAGAACUGCUAAGCAUUUUAAAAAAAAAAAAAAAAAAAAAAAAACA